AGGUUACAUAGCAGGGGUUUCGGGGCAAUGCAGUAGCCAUCAGUGAUGCUAUACCAAAGGUGUAAAUCCAUUAGCAGCUGCAGUGAUGGAUGCUAACGAGCAAUUUCCGACCUCUGAACCCUUACAUGCGAAUCGCAUCCCUAUCGCGCAGCUUUCCCCAACGCUUGAGCGCUUCCCCAAGAGCUCGAUCCAUGCAUCCGUUACUCUUUUGUGGCCCUAUUCAUCAUCGACAAAAUCCCUCAGCCUCUUGUUAGCAGAGCCCGACUUUCGCUUGCGUCACUCAAAUGGACAAGUAAAGACAGUUUUCCACGGGCAUAUCGCAGAAAGUGUGGCUAAAUCUCAAAUUGGAAUCGGCGAUAUAGUUUAUUUAAGUCUGAAUGGAGCGAGAUUGUCGGAUAAUGUGACAGCACCUGGAACCCCUGGCAAAAGCGUGGCAUGGGAUAUACAUUUCGAUGAUCGUGUGUUUCUCGAGGUACUGCGAGUGGAAGUCCUCAAGAAAAUGUGAGGAUCUCACUGACAAAGCGUACAGAUUUGGCGCUCAUCGAAUCAUUUGUCAACUGUGAAAGUCGACCCUCCUACCCCCUCACCAAACAAUGAUACUACAAAUGCGCCACCGGCUACCCCCAUUUCCAAGGGCUACGAUCGCUCUGAUCAAAAC